AUGGAGAACUACCAGAAACUCGAGAAGGUCGGCGAAGGCACCUACGGUGUUGUCUACAAAGCCCGCGAUCUUGCAAAUGGUGGUCGGAUUGUUGCGUUGAAGAAGAUCCGCCUCGAGGCCGAGGAUGAGGGCGUUCCCUCCACCGCGAUCCGCGAGAUUUCUCUCCUCAAGGAGAUGCGCGACCCGAACAUCGUCCGUCUCCUCAAUAUCGUUCAUGCCGACGGCCACAAGCUCUACCUCGUCUUCGAAUUCCUCGAUCUCGAUCUGAAGAAGUAUAUGGAGGCGCUGCCGGUGGCCGAUGGUGGACGAGGCAAGGCCCUGCCCGAGGGCUCCAGUCCGGAACUGGCUCGAUUGGGCUUGGGUGAUGCUAUUAUCAAGAAGUUCAUGCUGCAAAUGUGCGAUGGCGUUCGUUACUGCCAUUCUCACCGCAUUCUCCACCGUGAUCUAAAGCCUCAAAACUUGUUGAUCAAUCGCGACGGUGAUCUGAAGCUGGCCGAUUUCGGUCUGGCUCGUGCAUUUGGUGUGCCUCUAAGGACGUAUACCCACGAGGUCGUGACCUUGUGGUAUCGUUCGCCAGAGAUUCUGCUGGGCGGUCGUCAGUACUCGACUGGUGUGGAUAUGUGGUCUGUUGGAUGCAUCUUCGCUGAGAUGUGCACUCGCAAGCCACUGUUCCCUGGUGACUCGGAGAUUGAUGAGAUCUUCAAGAUCUUCAGACUCCUUGGCACACCCACUGAAGACGUCUGGCCUGGCGUAACCAGCUAUCCUGACUUCAAGUCCUCCUUCCCCAAGUGGAUUCGUGAGCACAACCUGCCUUUGUGCCAGAAUCUUGACGAACAGGGUCUGGACCUGCUCGAGAUGAUGCUGGUCUACGACCCGGCCGGCCGCAUCUCCGCCAAGCAGGCCUGCAACCACCCGUACUUUGAGGACUACCCACGGCAGCAACACUACGGGAACGGCUACCGCUGA